UGCGUUCAAAAAAAGAUAUAAAAAGUUCUGUCAUUCACCCCCUCCCACAAACUUCUUUUCUUUUUUUUUCAAUUCUUUAUAUAUUUUUAUCAUGGCCAGUAAUUCUCUUAUUGAUUUGAAGAAACUUUCUCCAAAGUUCCAAGAACUUUAUGUUAAAGCCAAGGACUUUGUUGAAAAUGACUGUAUUCCUGCUGAAAAGACAUUUGACCUUCAAAUGGGUAAGGGUGAAAACCGCUGGAAGGUUAUUCCUCCUGUUCUCGAAGAACUCAAGACAAAAGCUAGAUCACUUGGAUUGUGGAAUCUCUUUCUUGGUAAAGCAUAUCCUGAAGGAGCUGGUUUAAGUAAUGUGGAAUAUGGUUUGAUUGCCGAAUUAACUGGCCGAUGUCCUAAACUUGCCCCUGAAGCUAUGAACUGUUCUGCUCCCGAUACUGGUAAUAUGGAAGUUUUGGCCAAGUAUGGUACAGCUGCUCAAAAGGAGAAAUGGUUGAAACCCUUGAUGGAUGGUAAGAUUCGAUCUGCAUUUGCUAUGACUGAACCUCGUGUUGCUUCAUCUGAUGCUACCAACAUUGAACUCAAUAUUCGUCGAGAAGGCAAUGAAUACGUAUUGAAUGGUCUUAAAUGGUGGAUCUCUGGUGCUGGUGAUCCUCGUUGUGCUCUUUAUCUAGUCAUGGGCAAGUCUGAUCCUGGAAAUAAAAACAAACAUCGUCAACAAUCCAUUGUACUUGUACCUGCUGGUACUCCUGGUGUCACUGUGGUACGUCCCUUACCUGUAUUUGGUUAUGAUGAUGCUCCUGAAGGUCAUUGUGAAAUCAUCUUCAAAGAUGUACGUGUUCCCGUAGAGAACAUCAUCCUUGGUGAAGGUCGUGGUUUUGAAGUUAUUCAAGGUCGUCUUGGUCCUGGUCGUAUCCAUCAUUGUAUGCGAACUAUUGGUAUUGCUGAACGUGCUUUGGAAUAUAUGAUGGUCCGUGUUACCGAUCCCGCUCGUCGUACAUUUGGAAAAGGUCUUCAUGAACAUGGUACCAUUAUACAAGAUAUUGCUCGCUCCCGUAUUGAAAUUGAUCAAACUCGUUUCUUGGUAUUGAAUGCUGCUCAAAAGAUUGAUGAAGGUAAUGCUAAGGGUGCUUUGAAGGAAAUCAGUAUGGCCAAGAUUGCUGCUCCCAAUAUGGUACUUUCUGUUCUUGAUAGAGCUAUUCAAGCACAUGGUGCUGGUGGUCUCUCUGAUGAUUUCCCUCUUGCCAAGUUCUAUGCUUCUUCAAGAACUCUCCGUUUUGCUGAUGGUCCUGAUGAAGUUCAUUUAAAUCAACUUGGUCGCAAUGAACUUCGACGUGUUGAAGAAAUCCGUGCAAGAUUCCAAGCUCAAAAGGAAAAGAGUCAAAAUCGUAUCUCCAAGCUUUGAAUUCUCUUUUCAAUAUUUCCUCCUUCACCUUCCAUUGGAUAUCCUAGUAUAGUCUUUUAUAUAUCUAGUUUUUAUACUUAUAUCAUUUUGAAAUAAAGCAUUUAUUCUUUCAUAUCCGU